CUCACCAUUUCUAUUCUUCUAACAAAUUCGUCAGACAUGGCAUCGAUUACUUUUUGGCUACUCAUUUUGUUUCUUCGGAGAUCUGUGCAGAUGGUUAAACGUGAGAUCACUGAUGAUAACUGUGCUCAAGAUGCUGGCUUAAAUACAGUGAAAAUCUAACAAACAUGCCUAUUUUUUUUUUCACUGAUACUGAAUCAUACGAUUUUGUUUGGAAAACAUCCUACGCACAUCAGCAGAUCACAUGGAGAAUAACGAUGAUGACAAUCCUCCUGCUGACCUUAAAUAGAUACUAUAUUUUGUUUGGAUAAACAUGCACAUCUGCAGAAAAAUCUAAUUUUUCCCUUGAUAUGGAGAAUGACGUAGAUGAUGAUUACCGUCGUCGUCCUCGUCCUGACAUUGGAUAUCAAUUUUGUUUGGAAAAACAUGCACACAUCCAGAAAAAUCUAAUUUUUCCCUUGAUAUGGAGAAUGACGUAGAUGAUGAUUACCGUCGUCGUCCUUCUCCUGACAUUGGGUAUCAUGCAAUUCUGGAAUCCUACGAUUUUGUUUGAUCAUAACAUCCAUCUUACAUUUCUAUGCAGUUGAUAUGGAUGAUUUUUUCCUCAAAUAUCUGUAUAAAUUGCUAGUGUGUGUAGGCAGUCAGUAUCAGUUUCAAGUGAAAACUCAUCGAACUGCUACUCUAACUUACAAUGGCAACAACACCAACAACCAUAAUUGUGUUCACGGAAGAUCCAGUGAAUUUACCGAUAAAUGACCUCUUGUUGGUCAUAAAGGAAUUAUUUCAAUACGGUGUCAGAGAGAUCAAAGCCAGUGGUGACAAAAUAUUUGUCAAAUUGACCUACUCCCCAAGAGCAGCGACGUUAAAGCGGAAAUUCGGCUUGCUGCCUAUCAAAUAUCUUCGAACUAAAUUGGAUAAAGAUGCAGAAUUCCAAUUAGAAGAUAUUAAUAGGCAGCAAGCGAUAAAGGAUCGACCAGGGACAAGUGGUGGUGGUGAUGGUGGUGGAAGUAUGCAGAAGAAGAGAAAAUUGUAUCUAGAGCCACCUGUCCUGCAACAUGUGGAAGAGGAUGAGGAGGAGAAGGAGGAAGAGCAUGAGGAGCAACCCAGGCAGAUGCAUACACACACACACACACACACACAUACACAUACAUACAUACACACAUACACACUGUUUCUAUACAAUACAACUUCAUCCAAUCCGUUCACACCUGGAUCAUUUCUGGCUAACCUUUCAGCAAGCUUAGUGCCAGGACCUCAGUAUCUGUACGUUGGGAUGUGUAAUUCUACAGGAAGAACACUCUCAGAGAUGAAUUGUCUGGAUUUAGUUGAAAUUGCUGCUGCUGUUUUAGCCAUUCAGUUUUUUACCCUAACAACGUGCUACCAGAAUGAACCAGUUGUAGUUGCUGAUCAGAUAUUCAACAUCGAAGACGGAGUUUUUUACCUGUAUGAGUUACAUAAUUAUGGAAGAACAGAAUUAAAGUCGUAUCCAGCAUUCUAUUACUCAGGGAAAAAAAUUCCCAUCGACACAGAAAUUAAAAAUCAAUACAAUCGAACAAUUGGAUAUGUAAUUGGACAAGAUCUGAACUAUUAUCCAGUCACAAUGAAACGAAAAGGUACAAUUAUGUACUGUGGAAAAUACAAUAUAAGGCAGUUGCUUCGACAGGGAUACAUUAUUUUCAAUAGAAAAACAUAUUCUAUCAACAGUUUCAAAAACACAUUCCAUCAUUUCGCAGCUUCAGAUAUAAGUUGUUUUAUAUACGAUUAA